GGGUGUGAUACAUAAUUUAGUCCCAGCAGCAGAGGGGACACCUCAGCCUGUCUCUCCCACCUCCUGUCUGUCAUACCGCGGAUGUGCAGCCUCCGCACGUUCCCGUCAACCGAGACACCGCCGUGGCCGCCGCCUCCUCCACAGCGGACACGGGAUCAACCUUGGAGGAAGGACGGACGCGUGUUUGUUGCAGGUAAACACAUGACUUGUUCCAGCGGCAGAGGGAGGACGGGGCAGAGCAGAGCAGCAGACACUCAGAGGAGAUCUACAGGAGACGUAAACAUUGCCAUGCCCUGCUUCAUGCACCACUUCCCUCGAUCCGCUCCCUGCUGCUGUGCUCCCGGACAGAGGGAUCUGUUUUGAGGGAUCCCAGCAGAGCACAGCGGGAACAUCACGUGCUGUCGAGGGUAAAUAUUUGGGUGAAGUUGUGUUCGGGAUAGGAGGAGGCUGUGACGGGCCCCGCUCCGCACUGUGGCUGUCCUGCAUCCUGACUGCUGUGUCCGUGCUUUGCGGCCAUGCUGCAGGCAGCAUCCUCCGACCUCUUCCCGACUUGAGCUGCACCAUCCGGGAUAAACAAGUUCCCCAGAGGCAGAAAACCACUGCAGCUGCUGGCUCAUGUUUUUACACCAUUGUUUUGUACUGUUGGAACAUCCACUCUUUAUUGUAACUGAGCGCAAUGACAUUUGUUUACAAGCAGUUUGGAAUUUGCUCACAAUGCUUCACAUCUAACCUCCAAUCUGCAGACUUCAGGAAGAUGUGAUCAGACAUUUUAAUGCACAGAAUAUCUCAGACUCUAAUCAAACCUGCGUCUGUAUGAGGGACCAGUCUUGUUGUUGUCACUGUUCACAGCUGAUUAGCACAGCACCAUGGGUGCUAAGCAGACCAAAGGCCAGGAGCCUGGAGGAGCCAGCCCUCAGCACAGCUGGAAGCGGACACCCACCAAGGAGCGGGGGGACAUCUUGGCAUCCCUCAUGCUCAAGUCCGGGGACCGGCUAAGCCGUGGUGGGACUCCACCGCCUUACCAGCGCCGUAUUGGCAUGAUCCAGGAGAUGAUGCUGAUGGCCAAACAGGGCAAGCAGGAUGAGGCCACCGAGAUGCUCAAGACACUGAGACAGGACUUGGGCAUGGAGUCAACAUCCCUGGAUGAUGUGUUGUACCGCUACGCCAGCUUCAGAAACCUGGUUGACCCCAUCACGCAUGACCUGAUUAUCAGCCUAGCACGAUAUGUCCACUGCCCCAAGACGGAGGGCGACUCUCUUGGGGCGAUGGAAAAGGUCUGUCGUCAGCUGACCUAUCAUCUCAGCCCCCACUCACAGUGGAGGAGACAGGGCCUGCUCAAGAGGAAACCUCAGGCCUGCCUGAAGGCGGUGCUGUCAGCCCCUCUGUCCAGCGGGGCAUUGGAUCUGUCCGGUAUCCCUCUGGUGGCUCGAGACAUGGAGCGUCUGUGUGCACACCUACAACGCCACGCGUCCACGGUGGCCAGCAUGGAGCUGGGCUUCACCGAGCUGACGGACGAGGCCUUCCUCCUGCUCCUGCCCACGCUGGCUGCUCUGCCACAUCUGGAGACCCUGGCACUGAAUGGAAACAGGCUGACCAGAACUAUUCUGAAGGAGGUCACUGAUGCACUGAAGGAUCCAGGCAGUUUCCCCAGCGUGACAUGGAUCGACCUGGGCAACAACGUUGACAUCUUCUCCCUGCCACAGCCCUUCCUGGUGAGCCUGAGGAAGCGCUGCCCCAAGCAGGGCAACCUGCCCACCAUCCUGGAGUUUGGAGAGAGUCAGGCCAGCGACCCACCUGAGAGACUGAGGGGCCUCGAGGAAGAGGAGGAGACGGAUGACACAAACCGGACAGAGAGCAUGGGCGAUCUGCGGUCGGAGGUGGAGGAGGAGCUGGAUGGCGAGAUGGAGAUAGAGGAGAUGAUGGAGGAGCUGCUGGACUUCGACAGGGAGGUGCAGGGAAAGGAGGACGAGGAAGAGAGCAUGUGGACAGUGCAGGAGCAGAGGAAAAUUGGUAGGGGGCGGGGGAGGAGAGAGGGGGAGGAGGGUGGGGAGAAGGAGGCGAAGAGGAGAGCGCAGCAGCCGGGGAGGAGGGCUGUGAUGGCAGAGGACGAUGACGACACGCAGAGCCACUCCUCCUCCAGCCAGUCGCUGCACUCCUCCGGGGCCGUUGAGCCAAUGAGGGUGGAGGAGGACGACUUGACCGACCAAUUGGACCACUUGACCUGAUUGCUGCUCCACACUCUGGUAAUACUUCCCCAUCCUGUAUCGAGUCUGUUGUGACAGGACACGAGAGAGGGUUCCUGCAGAGGCCAACGGAGUGUGCUCAAAGUCAAACAGGCUGCAGCGGUGGCAGGAUGUGAUCCAAAAUGAACACGCCACUCGAUACUGCCUCCACUGAUCUGAUUCUGGACGAGCUGUUGCUGAACCCUGGUGACUGUAACAUGAGGAGACAAUCUCCAACAGGACAUCAGCUUUAUCCUAACUGUCUGUUGUUUCAUCGACUGAAAAUGCUUAUACCUAGACUAGACUGACUAAUUAUAUCACGUGAGGCUUUUAUGUAUAGAAUGAUAAUCUUUAUUCAGGUCCUUCCUCCUGGUAACCCUGGUAAUACCUACAUGUGCCUGUAACACUUCCCAUAACUGGUAGAGAGAUUUCAAAGAAAAUAUAGAAAUGGAGACUCAUACAACGUAAUCAGGGCCCUUCAAUCUUUUGAAAAAAAAAUGAUUUGCCAAAAAAAACUAGUGGAAAUGUUUAAAAUAUUUCCCUCCCACAUCCAGCCAGAUGGAGAAGAAAAUCGACUGGAUUCAAUAGUCAGGCCAACAAAUUUGUAGAAAUCCGUUGCUACUCAAGAAACGAGCAGAUGCACGGUCCUCUGGUGGAAGACAAGUGCAGCGAGGAUGAAAUUAGUCAGCUGAAACCAAAAGAAGUAAACAGCUUGUAAGGCUCAGUGGUCUUAUUGCUAUGUGUCCCAAAGUCCUGGGGGGUUCAGCUGAAAUAUUUAGUAGCCUUUCUCCUCAUAAUCUAGGUCAUGUGUCACUCCAUGGUACUGUACACUACUGUAAAUCACAUGUUUACAAUGCAGUGUCUUUAUAUAGGCCGCAGAUAUCUUUAUGUAGUAUGUAGCUCUCACCCAGUAAGUGCUUUCCCUCCAUGUGUCACUUAUAGUCCAUGCAAAGCUUUAAGAACUAACAGUAUUUUUGGAUGUACAGUGCAUAGUACAGUAUAUAUGUGUAUAUACACUGUAUAUUCAGUAUGCAGUCAUUUAUAUUAGCCAUUUCAAGAGGAACACCGCACAAUUCAAGGAACCAUAUUUGUUAUUUUUGUGGUCUGGGUUUAGUCAUAUGUGUGUGCAUGAGUAAUACUUCAAACCUGGGGGUGAAGCUGAGCCUCACUCUCCAAGGAACCCCAUUGGAAAAGGUUGUAUUGAUAUGGAAAGUAGGAUUAUAUUAAGGCAGAGAAUAUUAACUUCCCAUAGAAGCUCAUGCUCAAGCAGUUUAAAAUGUGUGUAAAAAAAGUGCGUAUACAGUUUAUGCUUCUCUGCAGACAGCUGUCCCGAGCACUAAUACGCUUCAGCCUGUGCAGCCGUUAACGUGUGUGGCAUUAAAAAUGAAGGCGCCUGUGAGGCUUUGCUGUUGCAUCACAAAUCUUCACCUCAGCUGACUCCACCAUGGAGGCUGGAAUAAUGCCUGAGUACAGGGGGUGUGUGAAAUAACACAAACACUGGGCAGUAUCAUUCAGUGCAAUACAACAAUGCCAAAAACACAAGAGUUCACUACACCUAUUUUACACUCGUUUGUAAUGAAUAUCAUCAAAAAACAGAGCUGUUGAAUUGUUUUGUAUUAUAUAUUCAGGUGUUUGUGUAUAUUUUACAGGGCCCCUCCACUGAUUUUACAUGUGAUGCUCAGUGUUGUAAGAAGUACCUCUCUCCUCCGCCUAUGAAAAAUGUCUAUAAUAUUUUCUGUCACUAGAGGAGCUCUCUUGAAUCUGAAAAAGUAACCAUGACGAUGCUAUGAGGAAAGAAAUCGAACCAGCGUGUUGUAUGAUGUGUUCUGCUCCAAAUAGACAGUGAACAUAUACACACACACUAGUGCUGCAACUCCAUAGUAAAAUAUGUUUGGUUUUGUACUUUGUCUGUAUAUUAUGGAUUCAUAAAUACCCACUAGGGGGCAGUUCAUGCACAGCAGAUCCGUUUUUCCAUCCAUCCGCUAUCUAUAUCGCUUAUCCUUUGAGUGUUGGGGUGGGGGUGGGGGGGUGAAACUGAUCCCAGCUGACAUGAGGCAAGAGAGGAAGUACAGGUCACAAUUCAAUGAACCAUCCACACUCACAUUCACCCUUAUGGGCAAUUUACAGUCUUAAAUUAACCUAAGAUGCAUGUUUGGACUGUGGGAGGAAGAGUAUCCAGAGAAAACUCACGUAGGCACAGGGAGAAUUAUAGAGGAACAAUACAGUUCGAUCCCAGUGGGUUAGCAACAAUGUUAUCCACUGCACCACCGUGCCAUCCAAUUAUCCACUUUUGCACAACAUAAACAGAAGCCACGACGACUCGAUAAGGGAAUCGUAUUGUCGAUGUUGAGCUCACGCCAGAGAAAAUGACAGCUGUGACAUCGUAGAUGGUAUUACAUGUGGACGAGCUUCUCUUCUGCCAUAGUCGUAGUGAUCCAUAACUGCUGCUAACCUAUCUUUCUGUUACUGCCCCCCACUGGUCAUGUGAUGAACUGCUUUUUAUAGAUACGUCGCAUAGCAUUGGGAACCAACACACCCAAGAAAAGCCAUGAUGUUAACACAAACACAGUAUCAGUGACCUUGGAGAGAGAGAGCAUUGUUUACAUAUGGGGUUAUACCCAUAUUUAAUCUCCAUUUUCAAUCUCUCUAUGAAGACAUUUAUCAUUUUUACCUUGGUUGUUCACAUGACAAGUGGCAGAAAUUGUUUUGUAAAACAAUGAAAAGGGAAAAAUUUGAAAAGUUCAAACCCAUUGACCCACAUAGACCACCAAAUCCUAAUGUCGAAAGAGUGUGUGUGUGUGUGUGUGUGUAUGUGCGUGUGUGUGUGUGUGGUGGGUAGGAGGGUUCCUGACCCUUUUUGAUCGUCUGAGCCUUUCUGACAGAUUAUACUGACGCCUUUAAAGUCAGGAAACCUCGGCCUCUGCUUUUCAGGAUCAGGAGAGUCCCCCUUUAAAAAAUGGAAGUUGUUGCUUAUUUAUGUGAAAUGAAUUAAAACAUGCCAUGUGUUACCCGUCAGUUUAUCAGCUUUACUUUAGCUCUAUAGAAUUGCACAUGUCUUUGUGGAAAGGUCAGGUACACAUGAUGAGAAUCCAACAUGUGGAGCUAUAUGUCUUAACAACUGAUUUGCAUUAGUAGCACUGGACCGAAUGAUGGCCAGACUAUUUUAUUGAAACCACAUUCUGACAAGCAAAAAUUAUCGAGUUUGUACUUGAUUCAUUCAACAUAAAAACAAUGUAAAUCACAGGCUGUGUUAUAAAAUGUGUAAUUUAAAGACUAACAUCUAAAUGAAGAUACUUUUUUGAAUGAAUUUAAAUUAAUGUGCACAGACUAUGUAGGAAAUCAACUGUGCAUAGCGAAAUACUUUUUUUGGCACAUUUUAAAAUAUUUAUAUAAUCAUUAAAAAGAUAUAUAUUAAAAGUGAUCUGAGCCUACAAGUCCAUGUAAAGCCUGUGCAACAAGGUCUUUUAACCAACCUUGUAUGGUCUGUGUUUUUCAUUGAAUGUAUUGUGAUCCUAAUAUGCAGAUGUUCAUUACGUGUUCAUUACAAGAAGAAUCUUCCCUUUAAUCUGCAGCAGCUUCACACAGAGCUCUGAGCUUAUGCUGCAUUGAGAUGGAUUUUACACACAAGUCAUUGUGUGUAACCCUUUAAACAGAGAGUAGACGAGCCGCCGUGCUCUAUACAAUCACCGGCAGCAUCACACAUGAUUCAUGUGAGACACAGGAAGAACGUCCUUGUAAACCACAGUGAUUAUUAGCAUUUGGAGCUAUUGUAUGAAAGAACGUCAAAUACUGAUUAUUAAGUAAUGAGUUCAUAUUGUGAUUUAAACGUUUGUAUAUCAUGUAUGGUGGAUCAGAGUGGAUCCCUGGUUUUAUAGACAGGUUCUCAGGUUCACUGCAGACAGACAGUGUUGGUCAGUGGAGAUGAGAGGGAUGUGUACAUGCUUGUUAAUGUGCGGAAAAAACAUGCACUUGUCUGCUUUCAUAUUAAGGUCAUGGCAAAUCAAAGCGAGGACAUCACUACUGGAACUAGGCCGAUGUACGAACACAGACUGGGCUUUUAAUUUGUAACCUUUGAUCCAUCACUCCAUGAUAUGAGGGAUUCAGUGCAGUUUGAUCUUACACUGACAUCAAAUUUAACUCCUGCAGAUAUUUUGAUAUGAUUCCACACACGUGUGAAUGACCAUGGUUUAUUAAAAUGAUUCCCUGGGUUUCAACAAGUCAUUUCAUGGAGAUAAAACACUGAUUAAGAAUAAGAACCCAGUAAGAAUCAAGUGUCUGAAGAUGCAAACUGACUAAAACUCUUGUGUUUGUACCUGUUAGUGAGAAUAUUGAACAAACAAUCUCACUUGAUUCACUUUUACUUCUUUCAUUGUAACUGUAUUUAUCAUUUGCUCCCAUUGUAGCCAUGUGUCUAUUGUUUGAGUCGCUGCUUGUCACCACACGCAGUGGGACCACUCCCUUCAUAUAUCGCAAUGAGACAUGAGAUCAACAUGUUGUUUAGCUGCACUGACUGAGCAGGAAUGAACUAUGGAUGCUAUUAGUGACUAGAGGAUGCGGAACUGCCGUGCACGUCUUGCCCUAUGAGUGAUGUAUUGUGAGAUGUAAAAUAGAAACUAAUGUGAUUCCGAAGGCGCGACUGUCUGUGGCCUUGGAUGUUUUCUCCCCAUGAGUCUUUCUUCUAUAUAUAUUCUAUAUUCAGUAUACCUCUCAAUUACUCUCUCUACAGUACGUUCCUCUGUCGCUCACCUUUUUCAACAGCUCCCAUGGAUCUUUUAUUUUCAAGCCAGCUUACUGAGACAAUACAACAGAACAAAUGCUCUGUGGAUUGCUAUAUAGGCCAACAGUAGGUGACACUGUACAACCUAACCUUUUCUGUUAUGCCAUGGAUCUUGCCAAUAAAUUCUGUGAUAUAAAAACA